GCCGAGCCUCCGCGCUUUGUGAGUGAGCCCGGGCCCGGUCCCCUCUCCCACCGCCGCCAUGGGGUGCACGCUGAGCGCCGAGGAUAAGGCGGCGGUGGAGCGGAGCAAGAUGAUCGACCGCAAUUUGCGGGAGGACGGCGAGAAGGCGGCCAAGGAGGUGAAACUGCUGCUGCUCGGUGCUGGUGAAUCUGGUAAAAGCACUAUUGUGAAACAAAUGAAAAUCAUCCAUGAAGAUGGAUAUUCUGAGGAAGAAUGCAAACAGUAUAAAGUAGUUGUUUACAGCAACACCAUCCAGUCCAUCAUUGCAAUUAUAAGAGCCAUGGGACGACUAAAGAUUGACUUUGGGGAAGCUGCCAGAGCUGAUGAUGCUCGGCAGCUGUUUGUUUUAGCUGGUAGUGCUGAAGAGGGGGUCAUGACUCCAGAACUGGCAGGAGUAAUUAAACGGUUGUGGCGAGAUGGUGGAGUGCAAGCCUGCUUUAGCAGAUCAAGGGAAUAUCAGCUCAAUGACUCUGCCUCAUAUUACCUAAAUGACUUGGAUAGAAUAUCCCAAACCAGCUAUAUUCCAACUCAACAAGAUGUCCUACGGACAAGAGUGAAAACCACAGGCAUAGUAGAGACUCAUUUCACUUUCAAAGACCUGUACUUCAAGAUGUUUGAUGUGGGGGGUCAGCGAUCAGAACGAAAAAAGUGGAUUCACUGCUUUGAAGGUGUGACAGCAAUCAUCUUCUGUGUGGCCCUCAGCGAUUAUGACCUUGUCUUAGCUGAAGAUGAAGAGAUGAACCGAAUGCAUGAAAGCAUGAAACUGUUUGACAGCAUUUGUAACAACAAAUGGUUUACAGACACAUCGAUCAUUCUCUUUCUUAACAAGAAAGACCUUUUUGAGGAAAAGAUAAGAAGGAGCCCACUAACUAUCUGUUACCCAGAGUAUACAGGUUCUAACACAUACGAGGAGGCAGCUGCAUACAUUCAGUGUCAGUUUGAAGAUCUAAACCGAAGAAAAGACACCAAGGAGAUCUAUACCCACUUCACCUGUGCCACCGACACCAAAAAUGUGCAGUUUGUUUUUGAUGCUGUUACAGAUGUCAUCAUUAAAAACAACUUAAAGGAAUGUGGGCUUUAUUAAGUGGAAUUCAUAAAGGGAUUAUGGUGUGGACUGUAAGAACCAGACUUCUUUUGCUGCCCCAUGGGGCAGCUGUGCAAGCAUGAACGGGACCAGGGGAAUGACAGCAACAUGCAGAAUCUUCACAUUCUCUAGCACAGUCUUCUGUAAUAGGGAUCUCUUAAUUGACAUAACAUUUUAAAGUUGGACAUUGGAAAUGGAGCAGCUCUAAAGUGUGACUUAAUCAUCACAGCAUGAGGGUUUCACAAUCUCAGGCACGUACAGCUGGUGUAAAUUUGAGGUGCUGCAUUCCACAACUUCAAUAUGUAGCUUAUUCUUGUUUCUUUUUCUUUUAACAUACCACCACUAGUCCGUUUUUAAAGUUUUUCCAUCUAAAAAGUAUAACUUUACUAAAUUUUAUUUCCUUGUUUGCAAAAGAAACUUUAUUAAGAAAAAUAGUAAUAACGAAAAAAAAAAACCAAACACUUAACUAUGCACAUGAUAUGACCAGAUCAUUUUGAAAGUAUUCCUCUUAGUAGGAACUCUUUGUUUUUAACUCUUGGGAUGGUCAGAAUUUGAUAUGACCACAACUGAAGGUUGUUUUGAGUUCUUGUGACUACGAUGGCUUUUUUGAAUGAAGCUUGUGUUUCCAUCCUAUUUCCAAGGACCACAAUAAUUUCUAAAAGGAAAUGAUAUUGAAGAUUUCUGCAGUAGGAUUAUAGUUCUUUUUUUUUUUUUUAAGCUUGUGGUUGAGGGUUGACCUGGUUUAUGCUGAUUACCAAAUUACUACUUUUCAUAUUGAGACUGUUGUAGUAUGCAAAAACCAGCUUCUUGGGCAUAGACACACCCUGGACAGCUGCCCAUUAGAGAGACAAAUUGCUAAAUUCCAAACUGGAUGAAAGACUCUGUUGCUACACAUCUACUAAAUUGACCACUUUGAUUCUUGUGUGUUUGUCUUAAGUCAGUGGGGGAGUUUUGUAAAAGGUGCACCUUGUUUUCCAUCUACCAUGGCCUUUUUUCUGUUGAGAGACAUUCAGUCUGUGUUAACAAUGCAUGCCUUUGCUUUGUCAAUUGGUGCCAAAUCCCUGUUUGCCAUUGUUUUUAUUGUAGUAAUGUUAACUCUAGUAAACUUGAGUCAGUAUCUUCUUUUGCCAAAACUUGCAAUUUGGGAUUCCCCUCCAUCCCCACCUCUAUUUUGUCAGUCUAUAUAGAUUUUCAUCUGUUAUAGUUGUCAGCAGUAUUAAAAUGGUGAGUAAAGAGUCCAACUUUGCUCCUGAUGUACACACGUC